AUGGAUUUCACCUGGAUUGGCUGGCUGGGCAUCGAAAUCCCCGAAGCUGACCACGACCACGUUACACAGCGACUGCGCGAUGAAUACUCGUGCCAGCCUGUCUUCCUCCCAGACAACAUCGCUGACAAGUACUACAAUGGAUUCGCUAAUGAAAUGAUUUGGCCACUCUUCCACUACCACCCAGGUGAAAUGAACUUUGACGAGACCAACUGGUUUGCUUAUCGCGCAGCCAAUGCCAUGUUUGCUCAGGUCGUCACUAGCCAGGUCCGCUCCGGUGACCUUGUCUGGGUCCAGGACUACCACCUUAUGCUCCUGCCUAUGAUGCUUCGUGGUUUGAUCGAGAAGAACAACGUUGGUCAUGAAACGCAUAAAGAACUCGAUCGUUUGCAUAGAGGUAUUGAUGGCGUCGUUGUAGACAACGUUCACCCGAAACACGGUGUCAAAAUUGGCUGGUUCCUCCACACUCCCUUUCCCAGCUCGGAAAUCUACAGAAUUCUACCUGUCAGAAGGGAAAUUCUCCUUGGUAUUCUUCACUGCGAUCUCGUCGGUUUCCAUACAUAUGACUAUGCAAGGCACUUUCUCAGCUCAUGCACCCGCAUCCUCGGUCUUAGUGCCCUACCCAACGGUGUUCAAUUCGGUGCUCGUUUCGUCCACUGUGGCACUUUCCCUAUUGGCAUAGAGCCCAGUCAGUUUAUCGAGAUGCUUGAGACGCCUGGGGUGGUGCGACGUAUCGAAGCACUUCGGAAGCGAUUCGAGGGUGUGAAGAUAAUUUGCGGGGUAGAUCGACUCGACUAUAUAAAAGGUGUACCACAGAAGCUGCACGCCUUGGAAGUAUUCCUCCAGCAGCACCCCGAGUGGAUUGGCAAGGUAGUGCUAGUGCAACUCGCGAUUCCUUCACGGGGAGGAGUUGAGGAGUAUCAGACGCUUCGUGCGCGUGUGAACGAGUUAGUAGGUCGUAUAAACGGUCGGUUCGGUACAGUCGAGUUCAUGCCCAUUCACUUUAUGCACAAGUCACUCACUUUCGAUGAACUUUGCGCGCUGUACGCGAUUAGCGAUGCAUGUCUCGUGAGCAGCACGCGCGACGGGAUGAAUCUGGUCAGCUAUGAGUAUAUUUCCACGCAAUGCGCUAAUCAUGGAGUUAUGAUACUUAGCGAAUUCGCAGGCGCUGCACAGUCUUUCCAUGGCGCACGUAUCGUCAAUCCUUGGAAUAUCGCUGAAAUGGCUACCGCCAUCCAUGAAGCUGUCACCAUGUCGGCGGAGGAACGCGCUGAGAAGCACGCUAAACUUUUCAAAUACGUUAGUAAAUAUACUAGCUCCUUCUGGGGAACGAGCUUCGUUAGCGAGUUGAAACGCAUCAAGCAUUCACAUGACUCGAAAGACGCCCAUGGGCAUGAUGGAGUGUAUAGGGAGAUUAUCGAGGCCAGGAAGAGGAGCAUCGGGGGAAUGUCUAAUGAUAAUUACGCUUCUGGGGAAUAUUCCGGGAAAGCGUGA